UGCAUGCGGAAGAUUACAAUGAAUGGGGUCGGCGUUUUUGGGAGAGAUGAAUGUAUCUUCCCGUUUCAUAAAGUAAAGGCUCUCUCAGCCUUUCAUUCCCAUUUCCAAAUCUCUCCUCUCUUUCUCUUUCUCUCUCUCUUCCUCUCUUACAAACCCCUUUCUCUCUCUAGAACUUCAUAUUCUUCGUAUGAUGAUUACUCGCUCCUGUUGAUCUCUGUGAUGCAUUCAGUUGCCACCUCGAAUCUGGUCUUUGCUCUGGUUUUUUUGGCCCUGGUUCUUGAGGUUUCUGUUUCUCCCGGCUCCCUGAGGUUACUUGGACCCCAUCCAUGUCUACUCUUGUCAAGUACAGUGGGGAUGACCGCCAUGGAGGGCCUCUAUACUCUUCGGGCCUCAUGGAUUCGAGCCUCUUUCUCUCUCUUGCUCCUAACUUGGAUGUCUAUUGCCCUCCACGAAAGAGAUCUCGUGUCACGGCUCCCUUUGUUUUAUGGGAAAACAAUACCAACUUUCAAAGGAAACCUUCUCUCGACAAUCUUCCCGAUGAGUGCCUCUUUGAGAUACUCAGAAGGGUUAAUACCAGUCGUGAUAGGAGUGCAUGCGCCUGUGUUUCCAAGCACUGGCUCAUGCUUCAGAGCACCAUCAAGAGGGUGGAAGUAGUUGCUGAUUCUAAGCUUACAUGCUCUGAUGCUUUGGCUAACCAAGAGGAUGUUGCCUCUUUUGAAAUUGAAGAGAAUGGUGAUUCCAAUGGUUAUCUUUCGAGGAGCUUGAGGGGAAAUAAGGCCACUGAUGUUAGGCUUGCAGCCAUUGCAGUGGGAACAGGUGGCCGUGGAGGUCUGGGAAAGCUUUUGGUAGGAGGAAGCAACCCCACUCGUGGGGUCACCGAUCUUGGCCUAUCGGCCAUUGCUCAUGGGUGCCCUGCUCUCAAAGCUCUCUCGUUGUGGAACACACCCUUUGUCAGUGAUGAAGGGCUCUCUGAGAUCGCUGAUGGCUGCCCCCAAUUGGAGAAGCUUGACCUUUGCCAGUGCCCAAGGAUCACUGACAAGGGUUUGAUCGCUGUCGCAAAGAAGUGCCCGAGCUUGACAACCAUGAAUCUAGAAUCAUGUGAGAAAAUUGGGAAUGGGGCUUUGAAGGCCAUAGCUCAGAGCUGCCCAAACUUGAGGUCGGUGUCUAUUCAUGGUUGUCCUCUAAUUGGAGAUCAAGGAGUGGCUUCUCUCGUGUCAUUGGCCACUCAUGUCUCAAAGAUCAAGCUUCAGUCUUUGAAUAUCACUGAUGUUUCUCUUGCAUUGAUUGGACACUAUGGAAAGGAAAUCGAGGAUUUGGGCCUUGUGGGCCUUCAUAACGUAAGCGAGAGGGGUUUCUGGGCUCUUGGAAAUGCUCUUGGAUUGCAGAAGCUGAAGCUUUGCUCCAUUGCCUUGUGCAUGGGGAUCACAGACUUGGGUCUCGAAGCCAUAGGCCGUGGCUGCCCAAACCUGAAGCAGUUGUGCCUUCGAAGGUGUUCCUCCCUCUCUGACAAAGGGCUUGAAGCCUUCACCCAAUCUGCUGUUUUGCUCAAGAGCCUUCAGUUGGAGGAAUGCAAUAAGAUCACACAGAUGGGGCUCUUGGCUUCUCUUUUUAACUGUAGGGGGAAUCUCAAUUCUCUCUCUCUGGUGAAAUGCAUGGGUAUCCGUGACUCUCUUGUGGGUUUGGCCCCAUUGUCCACAUGCAACUCUCUGAAGUCCCUUAGUGUUCGACAUUGCUCAGGUUUUGGCAAUGGUUGCUUGGACAUCCUUGGAAAAGCUUGUCCUCAAUUGCAAAACUUAGACCUGAGUGGCCUUUGUGGUGUGACGGAUGAUGGGUUUGUAGCUUUGCUUGAGAGUCGUGAGGCCUUGCUGUUGAAGGCCAAUCUUAGUGGCUGCAUCAACCUGACCGACCGCUCAGUUAUGGCCUUGGCCAAGCUCCAUGGCGAGAGCCUUGAGCUUCUUAGUUUCGAAGGUUGCGGAAAGGUAACAGACAGUGGCUUGAUGGCUGUCUCUUCCUUCUGUGUUUGUCUCAAGGAUUUGGACAUUUCAAGGUGCACGAUCACCGACAAUGGAUUGGCUUAUCUCUCUCGAGCAAAGGGGCUCAGGCUGCAAAUACUUUCACUCUCUGCCUGCUUGGGCAUUACGGAUAAGAGCCUCCCCCUUCUUGGCAACUUUGCUGGCUCACUUGUGGGCCUGAACCUUCAAAACUGCAAAAUGGUGAGCAAUGGAGCUGUGGAGCUCCUUGGCGAGCAGCUUUGGAGGUGUGAUAUCCUCUUCUGAUCCACCACUCUUAAGCAAUCGAGUCGAACCGGUAUUGGGUUCAGCCCUAAGUGGAUUUCGACGGAAUACAGUUUGAAUCUGGAUAUGAUUCUAGGGUUUAGGAUUUAAGGUUUCUGUUUGUUUUUGGGCCCAUUUGUUUCUGUCCUUUGCAAUGGGCUUUCUCUAUGUAGAAAACCAGGAGGGGUUGUUUUCCAAGGUCUCUUGUAUUCAGCCUUUUUUGCAGGUCUCCAUUCUUUUCUAGAGGGAGAAACCUGUUUCCACAGUUGUGGUUUUCACCACUUUUGGCUGGUCCGAGUCCCUUGAGAACGGUUUGUUACUCUCUCUCUCCUCCUGGUUCCGGGGUUCUCUCUCUUUGGUUUUGGUGUCGUCUUUUCGGGUCACUGGUAGUGGUUUUUUUAUAGGGUCCUGGUUCUCAUCACCUUCACUUGUUUGGUGGGUGUUUUAGCCAAGCCUCAUAUUUGGCCAUGUUGGUGUGGCUGUAGCUUUGUAGGUGUUUCUCACUCUACUCUUCUCUCUCUCUUUAUCUGAGGAAAGGAGGGAAGUGGGGUUUGUGUGUCCUGUGUUUUGGGGGCAGUUCAUUUGGUGUCUGGUGAAAUUCAUGGGCCUAUGGCAGCAAGUUUCUAAUUGAAUCUGCCAUUUUUACAAAACUCCCUUUGGUUUUAGAGGGUGGCUUUGUUUUUUGCCCAAGUCCUAGUUUUUAACAGGCUGCCACUACGAGAACUGUACUCCACCACGUUAUAUAUGAAUGAAAUAAUAGUGAAUUUCAAUGGUA